AUGGCUGAGGAUUCGCACCCCAUUCGCUCCGGCUUGCGCAUGCUCAAGCGCUCCUGGAGCUCGAAUGAGAAUGUGCCGCCGCCACAAAGCUCGCCGCCGGUGAUAGAUUUGUGUUCCUCACCGCCACGGCCUGAGGCCAAGCACCGCAAAAUCUGUGACGCACCCUUGCCGGCUCGGCCAUCGCCGUUCCACAUACCACCGCGCAAGGCUGACGGCGAUGACGACGAUUUUCUGCCGCUUGGUGACCAGGCUCCAUUGAUGCCGCGGAGUCGGUCGUCCUCCCCGGUCAAGACCUCCAACAUCAAUGCGCUUGUCAAGCCUCUGAUGGGCGCGCGCUCGCGCUCGUCCACGCCUCAGAUACCCACUUCAUCCGUGCCUACGUCUCCAGAGAAGCGCUCGAUUGCUCGCGUAUUUCUCUCGCCUGAGCAGCAGAGUGUGCUGGAGGCGGCUGUGAAGCACGGCAAGAAUGUGUUUUUCACAGGGUCGGCUGGCGCCGGAAAGUCGUAUCUGCUUCGCCAGAUGAUCCACGACUUGCACGCCAAGUACAGCAAGUCGUCCGGCGCCGUUGCCAUCACUGCCUCGACGGGCAUUGCCGCGUGCAAUAUCGGCGGUAUCACGCUGCACAGCUUCAGUGGCGUGGGCAUUGGAACGGGGACAGUGGAGCAGCUGUGUCGCUAUGUGCGUCGGAACCGCAAUGCCGUGACGCGCUGGAAAAAGACCAGUGUGCUUGUGAUUGACGAGGUCUCGAUGAUCGAUCCCAAGCUGUUUGAGAAGCUCGAGUGCGUGGCACGCCACAUUCGGCAGUCUGUGAAGCCGUUUGGCGGCAUCCAAAUCAUCAUGUCGGGCGACUUUUUCCAGCUGCCCCCCGUGUCGCAGGGCGCCACGAGCUUCGUGUUUGAGUCGCCCACCUGGUCGCAAGUGAUCGAGCAAAAGUUCAAUCUCACGCAAGUAUUUCGGCAGCGCGAUCAGCAGUUUGUGAACAUGCUCAACGACAUGCGUCUCGGCAAACUCGCGCCGGAAACGAUCCAAGCCUUCUCGAAGCUCGAGCGUACGCCAUCCCUGCCAGAGGGGAUCGUGCCGACGGAGCUGUACGCCGUCCGAUCCGACGUCGACAAAGCCAACCAGAUGCGCUUGGAUGCACUGCAGACGGAAAUGCGCACUUAUACCAGUCUCGACGAUGGCUCCCUCCCUCCCGAUCAGCUGCAGCGCACGCUGGAAAACUUUAUGCCAUCACGCCGCAUCGCUCUCAAAAAGGGCGCGCAAGUCAUGCUGAUCAAAAACGUGGACCGCGAGUUGUCCAACGGAUCGGUCGGCACGGUCCUCGAUUUCGUCGACGACGAGUCAUUCAAGGAGCUGUACGGGGAAGAAGACGCGCCCGACACGCUCCUGCGCGCCGAGCGUGCGCCGGGUGCCACGCGGCAAGAAAGCAAGACGGAGCCUCGGCCCGCACCGCGCUGGCCGCUCGUCCGCUUCCACCUGGUCAACGGACGCACCCGCGACUUUCUCGCGCGUCCCGAGGCGUGGAAGACCGAGGAGCCGUCCGGCAAGGUCGUGGCGUCUCGGACCCAAGUGCCCCUCAUCCUGGCAUGGGCCAUGUCGAUUCACAAGUCGCAGGGUCAGACACUGCAGUACUGCCGCAUAGACCUUCGUCGCGUGUUUGAAAAAGGCCAAGCGUACGUGGCGCUGUCCCGUGCGACGUCUCUCGACGGGCUGCAAGUGAUUGGCUUCCAUCCCAGCAAGGUGAUGGCCCAUCCCAAAGUCAUCGCGUGGAACCGCCAAGAAUUCGCUACAUAG